AUGGAUUUGGAUAAAUAUACUGAGCGCAUACCCGGCCCAAAUACCAAGGUGCGAGACGCUUCCGGGAAUAUAAUGGAAUUCCUAGAUACUAUCAGGAUAGCAAUAACUUUGGAAGGUCAAGAGAAAUUGGUGUCAGCCUUUGUCGGAAGAAGCCCGGACGAGGUAGUGUUUUUGGGCACCAAUGCUCUGGAAUUAUUCAACUUAAGACUGCUGAAGAACCCUGAGGUGGCAAGGGAGCAGAUGGCCACUAAAAAAACUACACGUGUCGCUGCUGAAGUCAAAAACAGGACUUAUAUUUCAGCCAGGGCAGUCCGCACCUUAACGUUGACAUGCACAAGGAAAGGAGAAGAGAUAGGAGAGUGGGAAGACAGUGCUUGGGUUAAGCCAAGGUAUAUCGAGCCGGACAGGAAUAUGCUGGAUCUCGAUAGAUCGGAAAUCUGUCGCCCUAAGGAAAGUCGGAACGAUAGGAUUACUUGCCAACAAAAUCAGCUACCUAGCGAAGCAGCGAUUAUGUUGAAGGAAUUCAACGACGUGUUUGCUCUCUCUGACGCAGAAUUGACGCAAACUGAUCUGGUGGUUCACAAGAUUGAUACAGGGGAUCAUAAACCGAUAAGACAAAAAACAAGGCCUGUUCCUAUUGCCGCACGCAAGGAAUUCAGAGAAACCAUCAAAGAUCUGCUAGCACGAGGUAUAGUCGAAAGGAGCUCCUCAGAGUGGGCGUCUCCCGUGGUUUUGGUAAGAAAGAAAGACGGUACCCUGAGAGUCUGUAUCGACUAUAGAGAGCUGAACAAGGUCGUCCGGCAAGAUUCCUACCCUCUGCCGAAGAUUGACAACGUCCUGCAGUGUCUUGCCGGAAAGAAAUUCUCUUCUACGAUGGACCUCGCCUCUGGCUAUUGGCAAAUUCGCCUCUCCGAUGAUGCAAAAAGGAAAAGCGCGUUCACAACAAGUGAGGGGUUGUUCCAGUUCACGGUGUUGCCUUUUGGUCUAUCAACGAGCCCAGCAGUCUUCCAAAGGAUGAUGGACAUGGUCCUAAGAGGGUUGGGGCUCGAAGAUGAAGUUUUUGUAUACAUCGACGAUAUAUUGGUAGCCACGGAGUCAAUGGAGCGCCACUAUAUAGAGUUGAGGAGGGUGCUCGAAGCGUUACGUAAGGCAAAUUUACGGUUGAAGCCGCAAAAAUGCACAUUCUUUCGGGAAAACGUCUCGUCUAGGGCAUUACAUCGACGAAGACGCAGUGAAGACGGACCCUGUUAA